AUGUAAGUAGAUGAAGAAUUCGAAGAAUAAAAUUAAAAAAGUUAACAAACUAUAGAUUAGCUAAAUUAGCAAUUAGAUAUUUAAUAACAAAAUGAUAAGCAAGGUUAGUGUAAAUAAAACUAAAACUUUAGUUUCUCCAAAAAAAAAUAAUAAUAAGAAAUGUAAUAACCUGAAGAUGAAUUCAAAGAGGAAUAAAACUCAGAUUAAAGUUAAAAUGAUUAUGAUGAAGAUGAAGAUGUAGAUAAAAAUUAAAUUGAAUAGAAUCCAAACAAAAUAAAAUCUAUUGUUGUAAAUAAAAGUUUAUUUAAUUGA